UAGUACCUGCAGCAUUCGUAGACGUUACGCACUGUUUUACUUAACCCUUUAGAAACAUAUCCGAAAACGCAGGAAAGCUCAUCCCAUGGCGGAUUCAAGCUCUUCUCUUCCUCCUCUCAGCGAAAAGAUCUCAUACAAAAGCUAUUUUCUAAGAGCUGUGGAUCUCACGAUUCUUGGCCUCCUCCUUUCUCUUCUCUUGCACCGAGCCGUACAUAUGAGCCAAAACGACACCGUUUGGGUCGUAGCCUUCCUCUGCGAAUCUUGUUUCUCCUUCAUAUGGCUGCUUAUUACUUGCAUAAAAUGGUGUCCUGCUGAACAUAAACCUUUUCCAGAUAGACUAGAUGAAAGGAUUCAUGACCUUCCAUCGGUAGAUAUGUUUGUGACCACGGCGGAUCCGGUUCGGGAGCCGCCGAUUCUGGUUGUGAACACCGUGCUUUCGCUGUUAGCUGUGAAUUAUCCGGCGAACAAACUAGCUUGUUAUGUUUCGGACGAUGGAUGCUCAUCUCUCACUUACUUCUCUCUCAAGGAAGCUUAUAAGUUCGCCAAGAUUUGGGUUCCUUUCUGCAAGAAAUACAACGUUAAAGUUAGAGCUCCUUUUAGAUAUUUCUUGAACCCUUUGGGCUCAUCCGAGGAUUCUGAAUUUAGUAGGGAAUGGGAAAUGACAAAGAGGGAAUACGAGAAGUUCAUCCAGAGAGUGGAAGACGCCAGCGGAGAUUCUUAUUGGUUGGAUGCUGACGAUGAUUUUGAAGCUUUCUCAAACGUGAAACCAAAUGAUCAUUCAACUAUAGUGAAGGUGAUAUCGGAGAACAAGAGAGGUGUCGGAGACGAGAAAGAGGUCCCUCAUAUUGUAUACAUUUCAAGAGAGAAAAGACCAAAUUACCUUCAUCACUACAAAGCUGGGGCAAUGAACUUUCUGGUAAGAGUGUCAGGUUUGAUGACAAAUGCACCGUAUAUGCUGAACGUAGACUGUGACAUGUAUGCGAAUGAAGCAGAUGUGGUGCGACAAGCAAUGUGUGUAUUUCUUGAAGGAUCAAUGAAUCAAGACCAUUGUGCUUUUGUUCAGUUCCCUCAAGAUUUCUAUGAUUCUAACGCCGGCGAACUCGUCGUCCUACAAACAUAUUUGGUACGAGGAAUUGCGGGAAUCCAAGGACCGAUAUAUGCAGGCUCCGGAUGCUUCCACACCAGAAGAGUUAUGUAUGGUUUAUCUCCAAACGAUUUAGAAGACAAUAUAAGUCUUUCUUCGUUUGCUACAAGGAAGUUUUUGGCCGAGGAGAGUUUAGCGAGAGUUUUUGGGAAUUCUAAGGAGAUGGUGACAUCGGUAGUCGAUGCAUUACAAAGAAAAUCAAAUCCCCAAAAUAGCCUUACAAACUCCUUAGAAGUGGCUAAAGCAGUGGGACACUGUAACUACGAAUACCAAACCAGCUGGGGCAAAACGAUUGGUUGGUUAUACGAUUCAACGUCGGAAGACGUGAACACGAGUAUUGGAAUUCAUUCGAGAGGGUGGACUAGCUCAUAUCUAUUACCAGAACCUCCGGCGUUUCUUGGCUGUAUGCCACCGGGAGGACCGGAGGCGAUGCUUCAACAGCGGCGAUGGGCUACAGGCUUGCUUGAAGUCCUUUUUAACAAACAAAGUCCUUUAAUCGGAAUGUUUUGCAAGAAAAUAAGAUUCAGACAAAGCUUGGCUUAUCUUUACAUUUUAACUUGGGGUCUGAGGUCAAUCCCUGAACUCGUUUAUUGUCUCUUGCCUGCUUAUUGCCUACUCCACAACUCUUCCUUAUUUCCCAAGGGAGUUUGUUUAGGUAUAAUCGUCACACUUGUGGGGAUGCACUGUCUCUACACUUUAUGGGAAUUUAUGAGCCUUGGUUUUUCCGUACAGUCAUGGUAUGUCUCCCAAUCAUUUUGGAGAAUAAAGACCACUUCUAGUUGGUUAUUUAGCAUCCUUGAUAUCAUACUUAAGCUUCUUGGAGUUUCGAAAACUGUCUUCAUAGUCACUAAAAAGACUAUCUCCGAGACCAAGUUAGAUUCUAAGGAUGGAUCAUCUCAAAGAGAUAAAGACGAUGAUGGUCCAAAAGCAGAUUCAGGUAAAUUUGAGUUCGAUGGCUCGCUUUAUUUCUUGCCCGGCACAUUUAUUGUGUUGAUAAAUUUAACCGCUAUAGCCGGUUUUUCAAUGGGUCUACAACGGUUGAAUCCUAGUUACAAAGGAGGUGGUUCAAGCUUAGCAGAAGUUUGUGUAUGUGUUUUGGUGGUUAUGUUGUUCCUUCCUUUUCUCAAAGGUUUGUUUGAGAAGGGAAAAUAUGGUAUCCCAUUGUCUACUCUUUCUAAAGCUUCCCUUUUAGCAGUGCUGUUUGCAUUUUUCUCUGUAAGAAACUAGUAUGGCGAUAGAUAUGGGGUUGUCAUGCAACUAAACUAAGCUAAGUUUAUCAUGACAUUGUCCUAACGAAUCAUUAAUGGUAUUUAUGCUGAAUUAUGCAAUUAGUUUUUAUUUUUUUAUCAAUGUAUAUAUUUCUUUGUCAGCUAUUAUAUAAGGACUGGAUCUGGGCCAAGCCCAUUGAAACA